CCACCCAAUGACAUGUAAGUGCGCCAUGCGUAUGUUGUUUCGUUCGCAGGUCCAGCAUACUAUGGAGAUGAAAGUGAUUUUCGCAGCGUCUUUGCUAGGAAUAUUAUAUCACGGCGCAGUGCAGAAGAGCAGCUAGUGUUGCCAGAGGGAGAGGAACACAGUAUUCUCUGUACAGCACCCAAUGAAGAAACUAUCUGAUCACCUGGGUAGCUAACGUAGGACCAGUUGGAGAUGGAUUUGUUGUGGGGGAAGAAGAGAUAUUUGAUGAUGAACGAAAGGAAAAAGAAUCACAUUUACAGCAACAGACGACAUCAACAGUACCAGUUUGAAAUGUGUUGUUUCUGAUACCUUUUGAAGCCAGCAACUCCUUUGAGCCUAUACAGCUCACAAUCAUUAUUCAAGGUCUUCUGUCAGCUCCUGAUGUGGAGUACACAAAGGGAGACAGGUCCAUACUGUUCAGCUGGAGUCCUCCGUUCUCUCACAACAUCACUGAUGUGGAGCCAGACAUCUCCCACUAUCUAGUGACCAUUAUCAACAUGGAGGACCAUCACUCUGUGCUCACUGUCAACACAACAGACACUGAGUACCUCCUCCAGUCACAAGACUGCCAGCUAUCUGACUACCAAGUGGAGAUAGCAGCAGUCAAUGUUGUUGGUGUGGGAGACAAGUAUACCAGUCCUCCACUGACUCUGGAUGGUAUGUACUUGAUUUUUCAGACGAAUUUUUCUUUUAAUCUUGGUGAAAACCCAGUAAUCAGCUUUCAGACCAAGGGUUGUAGAAUAGUUAUAAUCCCAGAGGGAAGAGGUGGAGACUGUGAAUUAAACACAACUGCUACAAGACUGGAGGGAGCUGGAGAUGCCAGAGUGAAUGUCGAGCUACCAGCAGGAGAGUAUUCAGUAGUAGUCUAUGAUGAUGAACAAGUGACUGAAGAGAAUCCAGCUUACACCACCACUCUGUCUAUCCCUGGUGCUACUACACCUGUUGUAGGCUGUGUGUUUGACGUACUAGUGGUUGAACCAACAAGUGACAGUGAAGAGAACAACUUUGGAUUGGUGAUUGGGGUAGUCGUCGCAGUGGCUGUAAUGAGUGUUGCUGCCUUGGUGGGAUCGCUAAUCUUUGCCAUGAUAUACAGUAGAGGUGUGUAUAAUAAUGAUGUUGAGAACAUUCUUUGUUCAGGGGCCAGGAAUCAACAACAGAGACUCCAGCUGCUAGCCAAGACUCGGCAGAGAAACUAUUUGAAGAGAGUUCUCCCAGUGAGGACAGAGAGUUGAAACCCAGUGCUGAGUCUAGCACUGUGUCAGACGACCAAACACACACCACUACUGCGCCUGAUACCCGCAAGGGCAAGUAUAUUCAAGUUCAGCUCAAAACUGAGCAGAAUGUACAAAGUCUACCAUAUACCAAUGAAGAAGUUUUGUAUUCAAUGAUUGUGCCCCAUAAUACUGCACCUUAAAAAGGUCUACACUCACGUACUGUACCAGAGUUUGUAGAUACUUCCAUAAUUGACAUAAGUACAAUAAGUGUGUAGUAUUGCAACGUCGCCACUUUAAUUGUUGCAAUCAGAGAAAUACACUAAUAUAUUAUACUGAUUCAUAAUCAUCAGUGAGCCAAAGUGUGUUUUUUCUAUAUACAAUGUUAUGUGUUAUGUAGAAAGCUACACAAACACUAUCAACCAGCACAGCAUGCAGAAAAUUAUUAUGUGCAUAUUUGGCAAAAAGUAAUAUCGAUAGCAAGUGACGAUGGGAGAUUAUUUUUAUUAUGGAGAUGCUCUGGGGACCACACUGUGUGUGGCUCAAGAUUUCUGAAAUAUUUGCUAUAAUUACGGUGUCGAUACCUUGUUGUAUAUAGCUAUACUACUGUGUUUAUAGUGCACAUUUUUGUGGCAAUUAUGUGUAUUAUAGUCUCUAUGAGGAUUGCAUCACAUGACG